AUGUCUAACUCUACCCAGCUUGACAUCUCCACCACCAGUGUGAAAAAUGAGACAAUUAAUGAAAUAAUACGGGUGGUUGUCAUUGUCCUCAUUUUAUUCCUUUUUGGGAUUUUUAUUUACUUCAUGGGCGUCAUACUGAAGGUCUUCUUUGCCGCUCCUCAUGUACAAGAGAACUCCCGCUACAUCUUGUUCAUUCACAUGCUGGUAAAUGAUUUGAUAUACAUUGCUAUCUCUGUUCUACUUACAUUUGGAGUAGCAUAUUUCAUAUAUUGGCCCUUGCCGCUCUGUUUCUUGGUCAUCAGCAUAUGCACCUGCUCAUUUAGAGUGACUCCAUACAACUUGGCAUUCAUGUCUUUGGAACGUUAUGCCGCCAUUUGCCACCCGCUAAGGCAUGCUGAACUAUGUAAUGUGCAAAGGUCACGAGUGGCUGUGGUGGCCAUGUGGGUUGUGGGAAUGCUGCCCGAGAUUGCAAGUUUUAUUAUUUUCUGUUUUACAGCAGAAAAAGGGACAUUUUCUGUCAAUGUCAUCUGCAAUUGGCCAUCAUUAACCAUCAUUGAAGCACAAGCCAAACUGAAAAUAGCUGCGGAGGUUGCCAGUUUUCUGUUGGUGGGGGGGACUAUCAGCUGGACGUACAUCAAGGUCAUAAUGGUGGCUCAGAAGGCUAGUUCAGGAUUAUAUGCUUCCAAGGCUGGGAAAACUGUCUUGCUCCAUGCAUUCCAGCUCGUCUUGUGUAUGCUGGCCCUUACCUAUGGAUUUACAGAAAAAUAUUUGAAGCAAUACUUUUAUUUGCUUCCCCUGACUAACUUUUUUGCAUUAAUGUGUCUUCCUAGACUUAUCAGUCCCUUAAUUUAUGGUAUUAGAGAUGAGGUGUUUAGCAAGCACAUGACCAAGCUGUGUCGAUCAAAACAGUCCCCAUCAUUAUAG